UGCGGUGCGGCACUCUCCCACUCGCAGCAACAACUUCUAGAGGGCUGACACUUCAGUGCGCUUCUCUCUCCAACUUUCAGCGCCGCUUCACUUUGACUUCAGCGAGCUCUUAGUCUCUCUAAGAUGUGCAGACAAGAUUCCUUAGACUUUCAUCGAUUAUGCCAACGAGUUUCCACAUAGACUUAACAUAGACUACCCCCCCCCCCCUCCUCUACGUUUAAAACUGAACAAGACCUAACUCAACUCACAGCUGGUGAGAAUAUGUGGCAAUCGGUGAACGGCAUGGGCUGUCUUUGGUCCUCCAAGGAUAAACAGCGUGGAUUAAACACGAAUUAAUGUGGAAUUUAUCGGAGCUCAAAGGUGGAACGACGACCGGACACAGCGCUUUCUCGUCAGGGACUGACUGAUCAUGGUCGCCGUGGUCCGCUCUCUCAUGGUACUGCUGCUCGCUCAGGUGUUGCUGGAAGGUGCUGCGGGACUCAUCCCCGAGGUCGGCCGGAGGAAGUACAGCGAAUCUGGGAAGCAGAGCCCGGAGCGGUCGGAGAGCUUCCUCAACGAGUUCGAGCUUCGGCUUCUCAACAUGUUCGGGUUGGGGCGCAGACCCACCCCCAGCAAGCACGCCGUGGUGCCACAAUACAUGGUGGACCUUUACCACAUGCACUCUGCAAACGGAGACCACAGCACUAAACGACCCAAGAGCAUGGGCAAGCACGCAGAGAGGGCCGCCAGCAAGGCCAACACGAUUAGAAGCUUUCACCAUGAAGAAUCAAUGGAGGCACUGGCCAGCCUGAAAAGCAAAACAACCCAGCAAUUCUACUUCAACCUCACGUCUAUCCCUAAAGAGGAGCUCAUAACCUCUGCAGAGCUCCGCAUUUACAGGGAUCAGGUCAUCGGAGCGGCACCUCCUAAGAACAGCAGCUCUACUAGUGGUGCUCUUGCUGGAGGCCUCCAUCGUAUCAACAUCUACGAGAUCUUCAGAGUACCAAUAGGCACAGAACCUCUGGUCCGUCUGCUAGACACCAGGCUGGUUCAGGACUCUUUGAGCCGCUGGGAGAGUUUUGACGUGAGUCCUGCUGUAUCUGAAUGGACUUCGGGGAAUGGCCCGAAUCAUGGCUUCAUGGUGGAGGUGCUUCAUCCAGAGCAGACAGAGAAGGCUGCAGAGCAUUCCCAGAGAAGAAACAGGCACGUCAGGGUGAGCCGGUCCCUGCACCAGGACCAGGACUCAUGGCCUCAGGCUCGGCCCCUGCUGGUAACAUAUGGUCACGACGGUCGUGGGGACUCAGUACUCCAUACACGGGGGAAAAGGCAGGCAGCAGUCCGGAAACAACGCAGGAAGCAUCAGCAAAAGGCAAGCUGCAAAAGGCAUACCUUGUACGUAGAUUUCAGCGACGUGCAAUGGAACGAGUGGAUAGUGGCACCCCCAGGCUACCAUGCCUACUACUGCCAUGGGGAAUGCCCCUUUCCAUUACCAGACCACCUUAAUGCAACUAAUCAUGCCAUUGUGCAGACACUUGUCAACUCAGUAAACUCAAACAUCCCCAGAGCCUGUUGUGUGCCCACCGAACUCAGCCCCAUUUCGUUGCUCUACUUGGACGAAUAUGAGAAGGUGAUUCUGAAAAACUACCAGGAUAUGGUGGUGGAGGGCUGUGGCUGCAGAUGAGAAACAGGUUGUGUGGACACAAAGCGUGAGUGAGCAAGAGAGAAAGAGAGAGACAGAAAGACUAAGUGUUUAAGCUCUACUAUGGACACCCAGUUUCCCAAUGAAGACAUUUAUUUAUAUGAAAGAAACAAAAUAAUAGAGAUAUUGAGGAAGAAGUGAAAGUAUAUAUGAAUAUAUUUAUGUCUACAUAAAGUUGGGAAAAAUAAAUGUUUUAAUCAAAGGAAUAUUCCUUUACUGGUUCUGAAAAAGCAUUUCUGUUGUACAUUUUGAAAUGGGUGCAAUACCACAUGAAGUAUAAUGCUCAGAUGUUUAUUUUGUAUUUAUUUCUAUUAUAACCACUUUAUUUGUAAAUAAAUAAUGUGUAUUUAUCAUAAAAAAAAACAUGCAAUUAGUCCAGUUUUGUAAGAUCAGCACCAGCUGUGUCUGAGCAGGGGACUAUAAGGUGAAGACAUAAAGAUGGGUUUUAAAUCCUAACACUACACUAAUUGCAACGAAAGCAAUGAAAUAUUUAGGUAAAUGUAAUUAGAAACUAAAAGCAAAGAUCACUAGCAUAAACAGCCGCAGUAUAGUGCAGGAUCACACGACAAUUUACAUGCCCACAAAUGUAAUAGACUCCCAUGGGAGGAUUAUAAAAACAGCCAAGCAUGUUUUUAUACAUUACAUGUCACUGCAAAGAUUCCUGGGAACAAUCUUCCAAGAGCUAGCUCUAGUGUUUAUUCUUCUCCAAACCAAUAUUAUCAGAGGAAAAAAAGUGUAACUGCAGCGCUUCUGUGGAAGCUCUGACAGGGUUUAUUUACAGUACAAUUUGACAUUGAAAGACUGCACACUGUGUUGAGACAGGGACAGCAACAAGAACAAAUUUCACCAGCAUUUUAAUUAAUUUGGAUAAACAUACACCUGUACUUGUCUAUAUGCGGCACACGCUCAGACAAAUUGCCACCACAAUGUCUGUCUCUCUUCCUUUGACAUGUUUAAAUCAUGAGGUUUUAAUUAGUUUAAGCUUUCAAGGAAAUGUAUUGCUUCCAAAACAACACAACUGAAGCACAUAAGGCAUAGUAACAGCAAGAGACUCAUGUUUUAUAUGAAGUAUCUUACAAUAUAAAUGCUGAAAACUUAUAACGGGCAUUUGAGCUACAUGAAAGAACAAAUAUACAAUCUGAAUGAAAGAGAACGGCUCAGAACUGCUCCAAAUAACAUAGAGGAGAUAUCUUGUUCUGCCAUAACAUCACAUCAGAUAAUAAGAGACAAAAGAGAAACCCAAAAGAGUUUUGCGGAGUAAGAAUGAGUGCGCUGGCUGCUGUGUUUGCAUUAGAAAGGGUUUUGAGGGAUCACAGUGCAGCUCAAAAUACUUUAAAUAGAAUGUUUUAAUGUGAGUGCACGUUGGGACCAUGGAAUGUUGGUUUUCAAUCUCAGACACAUGCAUAUGCUUGCAUGGAAAACCAACAUGGUUGUUUUUUCAAUCAUCUAUUCAAGGAUUUCCUGGUGGGCUUUUUCUCUUCAAAAACAAAUGUGCAUUAAACAAAGAUAUGCUUGUUACUUAUGUGGUAAACAUACAUGAAAACAUUAAGAAGCCGUGGUGCUUCAUAUAAAAGAUGCAGAAACUCAAACAAAAAAAAAGUUGCAGUCUAUAUGAGUUCAUGUUUCCUCUGAGUAAUCAUGCCGAUUGAACUACUCCACAUUCUGUCACUUAAAAAUCAUAAGCCUUAAUGUAAUUUAUUUGAUGUGACAGACUAACACAGAGUAGUGCAUUACUGUGAAGUAGAAGGAAAACGAUAGAUGGCUUUCAA